CCACGCCCCACCGAUCAUCCCGGGCCGAAUCAUGGACGUGGGCCUCCCAAAAGAAGUAUAAAAGAGCACUCUAGUAGUGAAUUCGUGCCAGUCUAUUCAUACACUUUAUUCAACCCUAUGAAUAUGAAGUAAAUAUGUGAUGAGAUACUAUGACCCACGACGCAAUGUCCACGAUGCGGAACGAUGCCAAACUGCCUCAACCAUGUUCGGAGGCUUCAGGUUCGAGUAAGAGACCAUCUCUUUUCUCACUCAACACUGCGAGCACAACUGUGCUUUCUUUUCAACCCACAUCUCGCCCAACAUCCAUAUCCUACUCAGCAUCAACAUCUCUCGUCAAGUGUGUGCCACCACAAUGCCUCUUCUGUCCCUCCCACUCGAAGUUCUUUUCAUCAUCGUCCAGAUGCUGGACUGUCCGAGUCUCUCCGCCCUCACUCUUACCAACAGAUACUUGAACGCCUGUUUCACGAACAACCUCUAUCGCCGCAGCAUCAGAAACGAUGGCUGGGCGCUCCACUGGGCGAUUCAAAUGAAUCAGGCGGGGACAGCUCGUCGAUUUCUCCUGCUUGGGGGCAGUCCUAAUAUCCGGUAUGAUCAUGACAUCGAAGAGCCAUACCUACCACCCUCACUGCCGUUGAUUGAGUGUGCUGUGAGGAACGAGCUGGGAAUUGCGAGUCUACUCCUCGAAUACGGUGCAAACGUUGAUAUGCAAGACUGGAGCGGCGCAACCGCCCUGUACGUGGCAUCCAAACUACACAAUCAGGCGAUGGUACGACUUCUUCUCGAACAUGGGGCAGAUAUCAGAUUCUCUUAUGGGUUUCAUCCUCGUCAGAGUGAGAUUGAAAAACGAGUGGAAACAUACUCUCGCCGUGUAAGGAGGGGUGUGCGGGUGGCGUCCGCGCAUCUGUGGCGUGAAGAAGUCACAUAA